AGUAGCUUGAAACUCUGAACAGCCAUGUCAUAUCAAACCUACACAACUGCUGGCAGCUAGAGUCCUAGUCAGGAGGGUUUCAAGAGAGGCCUGUUUGAAGCCAACUGGAAGGGAAACAUGGAUGGCCAGUUUUCGAAGACUCGUCCCAUGCAUUCCCAAGGGACUCUGUGACUUGCUGUCCAUAAUGAAAAACAGGAACCCAGAUGAUACGGUAACUGACACGUUUCCCAAGCUCAAGAGCUCCAAAGAAUGGUUGGAACCACAGUCGCUUUCUUUUAUGGAGGCUUUAGCUAAAGAAGAUACUGAUGCAGCUGUACAAUCAAUUUUAUAUAGAGAAAAUUACAUAAUGAAGGAACUAGAUAAGUAUUUACAUCAUUAUGACUUCUUAAACACAAGAAGAAAAGAGAUGUUGUAUAAAAAAUGGGUUGAACGUGUGGCAGAUCCUCUCCAGAAGAAAAUUAUAGAAAAAGUUGGUUCACAUAAGAACAUUAAAAAGAGGAGACGUCAAGAAUUGGACAAUUUUUUGAAACAUUCAAAUAAGAAGGGAAAUGCAUUUAUAGAGCAUUAUGAUCCAAAAGAAUAUGACCCUUUUUAUAUGAGCAAAGAGGACCCCAAUUUUCUGAAGGUUCAAAGUGAAGAUGAAUUUUAAUGCUAGUAGUUUUGAUUUGAGGCCAUUGAAAAGGGUGCCUAAUUUUCUGGAAUACCGGGAGGAAGAAAUGAUGAUCAUUUACAAGUAAGCCUGUUAUUCUAUAAAUUCACUGUCCUUUCAUUUAAGAUGUUUAGCUGUGUUGUCUUCCCUACCACCAUUGCAGAUCACUUGCAUUAAGGCCAACACCUCAACACUGUUCAGGGUAAGGCAACUUUUCUUUGUUUUUAUGGGUUUGUGGAAUAAAGAGCACAGAAGCAAAACGUAUGAAAAUGGGGCUGGGAAAUGGCUGACAGUGUGUACUAAAGUUGUGAGAAUCUUAGUGUGAGACUAGUUCUUGUAGGCAGUGGUUAGAGCGGAAGGUAUAGCAGGCAAGUGGCUCAUAGAACUGUGUACUACCAUGGGAGAUCUGUUAACUAGGUCCUAACUUACAAUCAGACAGUCAACACAUACAAAAGAACUGUGUAUGGUAGUGUGCACCCAUGAAGUGGAAACUUAAGGGUUCUCUGGAAAGUCAGUUGUGUUGGAUGGUGUUUUGCUGGGGCAAACACGUGAAGGAGUGUUUUCCUGAAGUGGACACAGGUGAAAGACUAAGGCAGACUCGUGAAGGAACAUUUCACUGAAGCAGACACAGGAGAAAGGAUGUUCUGCUAAAGCAAGCAUGUGAAAGGACACGUGAUGAAGGAUUCUUUGCUAACAACACACAUGUAUUGGUCCGCCUUACAUUGCAUAGUUGAGCUGCAUUUGUUGGGACUCCAUAGAGAGAAAUGCACCAAAAACCUUCUUGUGGUGUGCUGCCGUUUCUUGCGGCUUCUGUGGACUCAGGCUGAUUGGCAGAGUGAAGUCAGCUGAGACAGACGCAGAUGCUGAGGCGAGAUCCGAGGAGGACACGAGAUGUUUGAAGGGAGUAUAACUAGGACUCGGCGGACAGUGACACAGUGAUGAGGGCUGAGCUAGGCUUGCAUAUAGAGCUAGCUGUGCAACGAUUGUGGGUCUCUUCGGCGAUCUUCGCUUCCCUGAGAGGCACAGCCAAGAACUUCUCCUGGCAUUCUUCCUGCUGACUCGUGCCAAGGCUGAGACCUGGCUGUCUCUGCUAGGUUGUGCCACCACUGUUGAUUCGUGUUUGCUGUUCAGACUCUACUGAACUGCCGGUGUAUCCAUGAAGUGUUUGCGAGUAGAUUGAACUGCCGCUGCUGACCUGUGGACUGAACUGAUUUCCAGACAACACAGAUGGGAGCUGCUCCAAAGAACCUUUCUAAACAGGUCCACUUCCCCUGUAUCCUUUCUUUUCCACUACCUUUGGUGGGUGGUGGGCUAAAAGGGAGGUUAAAGUGUUUAAGAACCAUCAUUAAAAAUAGGAUUUGGAAAAAUUAAAGUUACACACCAUGUACUACUAAAGCAGGAAGAUCUGGGGUAUAGCCUGGAGUACAUAGCAAGAUCCCUUGUGAGAAGAUUGUGUGGGGAUAGAGAUUUCUCCUCAGAAUUGUAGAGAAAGAUAACUUCUUAUAAUAUGAUCCCCGUCAUUGCUACAGAGACUGUGAGGUAGUGCAGAGUCUUUGCGAAACAGCUUGUUAGUUUUCCAAAGUGGCAAACACAAAGUUCCCAUGUGAGCUACAAACUUUAUUGCAGAUUUUAUUUGGAUGGUGUGUGUGCGUGCGUGCGUGCGUGCGUGUGUGUGUGUGUGUGUGUGUGUGUGUGUGAGAGAGAGAGAGAGAGAGAGAGAGAGAGAGAGAGAGAGAGAGAGAGAGAGAGAGACAGAGUUCUCACAUGUAGCCCUGGUUGGUUUGGAACUCUCUCAGGCUGCCUCUGCCCCUCCAGUGCUGGGAUUAAAGGCAUACACCACUCUGGCCAACCUACUGCUAGGUUUAUAUUCAGAAGAAAUAAGAACAUAGAUCUACCUACAGGUUACUAUAACCACUUUAAGGGUAUUCAUAGCAGAAUUAUUCACAAAAACCAGAAGCUGGAUGGUCAUCAGUUAAUGAAUAGAUAAACUCGGUGUUGUGCACUCACAGGAUACAGUACUUGGUAGUUAAAAACAAGGACUGAUUACACCAUGGAUGGAUUCAGACCCAUCACACUCAGUAGAGGAAGCCAGUCACUAAAGCCCAUAUCCUGUGAUUAUUUCAUGUGAAUGAUAAGGGAAGGAAAAUGCUCUAUGGGGACAAAACUUACCUGGUGCUGGAGUGAGAAUGGGAGUGUCUGUGACUGAGCACAAAGUUCUGAGGGGUAGCAAUGUUCUACAGUUAGACAGUACAGACGACCGCACAACUCUGAGUAUCCUAAAAGACAUUGCUUUAACUGCUGACCAGAAUUAAAGUUCAAAACCUAGCAAGGAGAGCAGAAUAGAGCUUACCUUCCUUUUUAUAGGAAGCUGGCCUGUGAUUCUGUUACUUAAUGUGUUGAAGUUAGCUGUGAUAGUUUUAUUUUACUUUCCCUGAAUAAGCCAAGAAUGUGGCUAAUUAAAUAGAGUGUGGCCCAAGCUGGUGAGAUAUUGGAGAUGCUUGGUGUUGUCACGAGCAAUUGUCUCACAGGCAUUAGCAUGAUUUAAAGCAAAAAGAGAUUUGACUGGAUUCAUGUAUGCACCUGUGAUCCAACCACAUUGGAGGCUGAAUCCUAGAGUUUGAGACCAGCCUCUUUGUCUCAGAAAAAAAAGAAAAAACCCUAAGUAGAGACAAAUGAUGCUUGGCAGAGAGUUGGCUGUUGUGACUUCUCAGUGUUCUGGCUGUGCAGCUUGGUAAUAUGAUUAUUGUUCAUUGGAUAGGGGCUGGAAAUGAGGAAUAAAAAAUGUUGAUGUAGACCUUAUUUAUUUGUGUAUAAGGGUCCAAAGGAGCCAACUCCGCCAUAAUCUCUAAGUGCCAUGCUUUCCAAGAUAGUAAAUGUGUUUAAGUGAGAUUUUAGAUAACUAGCAUCUUAAAAGUAAUUAAUAUUCCAACCCAGUCAGUGGUGGUGCAUGCCUAUAAUCCCAGCAGUGGGACAGAAGUGGGAGGAUCUCUGAGUUCUGAGUUCAAGGCCAUCUUGGUCUACAGAACAAGUUCCAGGACAGCCAAGAGUACCUAGAGAAAUCUUGUCUCAAAAAACAGACAAGUGAAAAUAAUAGUCUAUUUAAAUUAUAUUUAUCUAUUUAUCUAUUGUGAGAGAGGAGAGGGAGGGAGGGAAGGAGAGUGGGGAUCGUGAACAUGCAGGUAUGUAUCACAGUACACAGGUAGAGCUCAAAGGACAACUUGCCUAAGUUAGUUCUCUUUUUCUACUAUAUGUGUCCUGUGGAUCAAACUCAAGUCAUCAGACUUGGCAGCAAGUAUUCUUACAUGUUGAGCCAUCUCGUUUACCACAAAAUGGAUAUCUGAGCUGUAAUUUCUAUCAGUGGUACAAAAGGGGGGAUUUGUCUUCAUAAACUUCUGAGUAUGACCCAGAUAAGAAUAUUGCAUUUAAAAAAAGAUUUAUUUAUUUAUUUAUUUAUUUAUUUAUUUAUUUAUUUAUUUAUUUAUUAUGUGCAUGUUCUGUUUGUAUAUAUGCCCACAGGCCAGGUGAGGGAGCCAGACUUCCUUAUAGAUGGUUGCUAGCCACCAUGUGGUUGCUGAGAAUUGAACUCAGGACCUCUGGAAGAGCAGUCAGUGUUUUCGACCUGUGAGGCAUCUCUCCAGCCUGCAGAAUAUUGCAUUUUUGGGUGCAUGGGAACUUCCAUUUUAGACUAGAGGCUUAAGUCAGCCAGUUCCCCUAGAAAAGGAGUAAGACCAGCUUCUGUGUGUGAGAGAAGUAGCACAGUGACGGCACAGGUAUGGAGAAGGCUGGUACUGAGUAGUUUGGGGGGGAACAUGAAAAAUUGACAUCUGCCCCAAACUGGACUGGUGUCAACAACCCCAAAAUGGCUUGUUCAAGUUCAUCUUAAUGAGUAAAAUGAAUUUAUUAGAGGUUACUUAUGGAGCAGUGAGUAAGUAUGGACAGAUCCAUUCUGUCCUUUCUCCUCCCAGUCACUAACUGUACCCCUUUACUGGCUGUGUUCUAUGCAGGACUUUAAGUAUUACGCAGAACUCAUAUAAACCUGGGUGUAGAGUGCAACAUAGUGUUAAAGCAGCAUAGAUAACAACAGGCUUGGCCAGUAUGAGGCACAGAAAGAAGAUCCUGAGAAAGACAUGUUUAUGUGUGUCCCAUUUGUGUCCUCAUCAAGGUCUCUGCUGGUCUCUGCAAACACUGAGAAGACAAGGAGGCAUGACUUGUUUAACUGCUGUCUGCCACAGAGAACAGCUAAAUAGCAGCUUGCUGCAGGACAGUCACUCUGACCAGGAUCAGGUUCCCAGGGACAGCAAUUGCACAACUCUGAGGGGUCGUUCAGGAUGAAGGACCAUCAGCUUUUUAUUACAUAGCACAGAGGUUUCAGACAAAAAUAAUGCUGGAGCAAGGCGGUUCUUUUUAGUUUUCUUUUCAUAAAAAUGUGGAUUUAAACAGACCACAUACAACUUUGAUAUUUAAGUAAAAAUAUUAAGAUCUUCUCCUGAGUUAAAUGUUAAAAAGAUUUCUCCUGGUCCUUUUCUGCAGAAACAAUGGACUCUCCUCUCUGGUCAAUAACGCUCCAUGUCUCCAGGAGAGAAAGAACCCAACUUCCAAAGGGGUCCACUCUGGAAGUCACCAAUCUGUAAACCUAUGCCAGGAGGUAGAAAGGGAUGAGAGCUAACCAGGAUGCGGUGAGAGCUGGGACAGUCGGUCCUGUUUGUGAGUCACAGACAUCCAAGCUAUGCUGCUGGAUACGGCAACCUUUUUAGAAGAGAGGAGGCAAUGGAUCACCCUCCAGUGGGUGCUAGAGUAGACGACACUAAGUCAGGUGUCCUUACUCAGAGGCAGCUUGGUAGAGCCAUAGCGGACAUGCCCAGUGCUGGAGGUCCAAGGCUCCUUGAAUUUCCUUGGCUCCUGAUUUGACACCCGAUCUUUAGGUUAACUCUAGCACCUCUCCCAUUUACCUAUAGUCAAGCCAGGCCCCCAGAAUUGUUUUUGUUUUUUUUUAAUAUAAACAAGAGUUAGUUUUGAAAAGGACUAAUACUAAAAAUAGUAAACUUUCAGAACUAAAGAAUAGCUGUGUCUAGAGAGACCUCUCAUCCCAAAGUAACUGCAGUAUUGUGGGGUCUUUGACAGACUACAGGUAUAGAGGGGACACCCUCAGGGUGGCUUGACCCCGAGAGGAUUUUUCCUGCACUCAUGAAAGCAUGUUCACACUGUCACCACUGUUUUACCUUCUUUUCCUGGUGUGCUUUCGUAUUUGCCGUGUGCUUGCUUGCUUUGGCCUACAUUUAAGAAAUGGUUGCUCUGAGUCAGGCUGCAUGUAAGGGCUGGAGCCAUAGUGUGAACAAAACAGGCAAACCUCUGCUCUUGUGGCAAAGAUGGAAAGCAGCCAAAAUAAACACACAACAGGUGAGUUAACAGAACGAGAAGAAGGAAAUGGGUAAGGGUGACAAGAAAGGGAUGGAGGUGGGCAGUGUUUUAAAUGGAGAAAUCAGGAAAGGCUUCUUGGAGGAGGUGAUAUUGAACCAUGGUCUUAGAUACUGAGGAUGGGCAUGAAGAAUUUUAGGGGAAGAGUUUCCAGGAGGAGAGACUGGUGUAGAAAGCACAUUGAGUGGGGUGAACAUUGACAAGAGGGGACUGGAGAGGAGGGAGAUGCCCACUCAUGUAGAAGCCAUCCUAAAGAUCCAGGGAGGAGACAUAUCAAAAUACCUUUUGGGGUAGUUUUUAUUUCGUUUUCCUCACCCCCCCCCCAGUUGAUGGUUGACUAGUUUCUUAGAGACAGGGUAUCAUGGCUUCAUGGCUGUCCUUGAAGUCUAUGUAGCCUAGGAAAGAAUUCUUACUCUUUCUACCUCCACCUUCCAAGUACUAGGAUUACAGGUGUGCACCACUACACCUGACACAAUUGUGCCCCACUAGACACAAGCCAGAAGAGAAGCUGGGAGUCUAGCUGGCAGGUCAGGGUUCUGGGUCAGGAGCAUAAUAACCGGAGGCCUAGUGAUGGUUGUGUGGUCAUGGGGACCUGCAGAGUGAGCACACUAACAGAGGAUAUUAGUGCGUGAUAAGAGAGAUGAAUGAAAGUAAGACACCAAGGACAACUAUGUCCUGAGGGGUCUGGAUGGCUGAUGGUCCUAUUCAUGACUCAGAAGUUUGAAUGGAACUCAGCACAAGCUUAAGGAAGAAUUACAAAAGUAAAGAUAAUGCUUUCUAAGGGCUAAAUUAAAGAUGCCUUUCACCAUUACAAUAUACAUUUAUAGAGUACAAUUAUUAAGCAAUUUAGUUUUCUUAAGCUGUUCAUUUAAACAUGUUCUGGGGCUAGGGAAGUAGCCCAGUGUGAGCACUUACCUGGCACGUGCAAAGUUCAGUCUCCUGCAUCUCAAAAAAGAAACUAAGCAAUAAGCAUGCUCUGUGAAGGCAGUUUUCCCACUCUCUGUAUUCUCAAAUGGUGCUUCUGAUGACAACACUGUAGCAGUUUUGAGGCUGAGGUGGGUUUAUUUUUCCCCAGUCUGCUUUUGUACCAUUUUAGUUACAUGUAAGUAAUAAGGUCAGUUCUACGUUAAGGAACAAGCAAGGCAAUAAACAAAGUCCGGUGAUCACCAUGUCUAGGGGCUUAACAGGAUGACCAAAAUAUCUGAGUCUACUUCCCUGUCCUAGCCCAAAGUCAAAUUCUUGCCUGAAGCCUACUUCUUUAUUCUAGUCCAAAAUCAUAUUCCUGCCUGAGCUUACUUCUGUGUCCUGACCCAUUGUUAAAUUCCUGCCAAAUUUCUAGAAGUAUCUCUAAAAGCUCUUCACAUCUCCCCAAUUUUUAUUUUAUAAACAAGACUGCUGUGUCUGUCUUAGGUUGUUCUGACAAGAAUGGCUUCCUUACCCAUCCUGGAGUAUGCAUUAUCAAAAGCAAUGCACUUCUUCCUAGGUUGGUAAGGCUCUGUACAGAACUUACCUGUCUCUGACUGCCAGCCUGUUAAAUUAACAGGCUUUCUGGGGUCCAGUUUUAGUUUCAAGCCAUGUACUUAACAACAUGUUGAUGUUGUUAAAGGCAAGUUUUAUCACAAUGGGCAGGAAUAAAAGUAUUCCCAGGACAAGAAGGGCUAGCAUGAUCAAGCUAUAUAUGCCAUUGUUGGAGCUUGACCACAAUGGAAUACUGACCUCAGGCCACAAAUAAUUUUAUCAGCAUUAUCUGCAGAAUCAAAGCUCAGUAGAGUAGCAUUCUUUAAAUUCACAUUCUCAGUAUACAAAGUUAAAACAUCCAGAGAGCUGUUAGAAUUGUGCCAAACACCCUGCAAGUGUCUUUGAACUUUUUCCCAAUUACAGUGACUGUCAUUAUAAAUUUUAGAAGUAACACAAAUCCAUUGGUAUUUGGCAUGACAUUCAAGAUGGCUCCUUACUCUUAAACUCUGAACCUCCUCUCCAAUAAUUUGAAUAGUAUCGUAAAGAGCAUCAAUCCGUUGUUCCAAACGCCUAUCUAAAUCCUCUUGAAUACUCAGAACACUAGUAACAUCUUUUGCUAACUGAUCAACAAAAGUAGUUGUCUUAACUUCUUGUGUCAAAGCAAUUGCAGAAGCAGUGAUGCUGGCUAUUAAUGUAAUCAAAGUCGCUGUACCAGCAAUGAUCAGACCCACAAUCCUCUUGCUUCUGCUUAAAGCCCGACACACUUCUGAUACCUGCAAGCACUUUUUUUUUUCUUUCAGAAUACCAAGGUGUAAUACUCAUAGGCAAUAAAACAGGAGCUGGUUGGUAAUCCACCAUAACUGACAUGCCAAGUUUCAAUGCACUAACACAGUUAGAAAGUGUACAAUCAAUACAACUUACAUUAAAAACUGUCGAAGAAACAAAAGUAAUUUUAACAUGACCAAUUAAUAAAAUAUUAGGAGCUUUAACACAUGCACUAACACUUGUUUGAAAUCCAGAUCCUGUCCCAAUUUUAUCUGCUGCAAAUGUAACUUCAUAUAAGGUAGUUGUCAGUUUUCAAAUAUGUCUGAAAAUGUCUAGAACCAGCUUUCCAAAUGAAGACUGUCAUUUCCUUUUUUCCAAUAUUGGAUUGAUUUCUAGACCAGUUCAUGACAAAUCAGAAUAGUUGGUUACAUUAAAGGAAAAAGAAGGGUCAUUAUAAUUUCUCUAUUUGAUUAAUUUUUUAAGGGGAGUUUCUGCAGUCUCCAGGUUCUCUGUUCCACAAGGUCUAAAAGCUUGAGGCAAGGCAGCUUGUCCAAUCUGGGACAAGCAAAGGUGGGUCAGAAACAUAUGUCCAAAACAGGUUCCUAGUCACCAUUGUCAGGGCACUCAGCAAGCUCGCAGUCAGCAUUUGUCUUAGGGUUGUACUGCUGUGAACAGACACCAUAACCAAGGCAAGUUUUAUAAAGGACAACAUUUAAUUGGGGCUGGCUUACAGGUUCAAAGGUUCAGUAUCAUCAUCAAGGCGGGAGCAUGGGAAAGUCCAGGUAGGCAUGGUGCUGGAGUUCUACAUCUUCAUCUGAAGGCUGCUGGUGGUAGACUUACUUCCAGGAAGCCAGGGUGAAGGUCUUAAGCCCACGCUCAAAGUGACACACCUACUCCAACAAGGCUACACAUCCUACUAGUGCCACUCCCUGGACCCAGCAUAUACAAACCAUCAUAGCAUUGUUUUUUGCUUCAGCAUUAGCAUGUCUCACUAGUCACUCUGGCAGCUAGCAUGCUCCUUCAGCAUCCUGCAGAAUAAACACAAACAUACUUUCAUCUCCAUGUUAAUAUCUGAUCGGGAUCAUGCCAUAUGCCAGUAAGUGGAUCCUUCCACUUCACCUAGGCAUAAGUGUGCCCAGUUGUAGGGUGCCAUAGACACUCGCAGAGACUUUCUUGGCAUCCAAAUUUUAAAAUAAAAAGAGCAUGAUUUACAUAAAUUUAUGGUGUAUGGGGAUAUAAUUCCCCCUUUUUUAUUUUAUGAAGAUAUUGUUUUAAAGUUCCUUGGGCCUGUUCCAUAAUACCUUGUCCUAGAGGAUUAUAAGGAAUCCCACUAAUAUGGGAAAUAUUAAAUUAUCUACAGAACAUCUCAAAUGCUUGACUGCAAUAGCCAGUCUGAUUUAUCUGUUUUAAUCUGAUUCGGAACACCCAGCAUGGAAAAACAACGUAGGCAAUGAGUAAUUACAAUUUUAGUUGCUUCUGCUGUUGCUACUAGAAAGCCUGAAAAGUGUCAAUAGUCAUAUGUACAUAUUUUAAUUUUCCAAAGUCAGAAAUAUGGGUAACAUCCAUUUGCCAUAAUUGAUUAGGUAUGAGUCCUUGAGGAUUAACACCAUUAUGUGGUACAGGAAGAGGCCGAGGACAUUCAGGACAAGUCUUUACAAUUUGACUUGCACAUUCUCUAGCAAUACCAAGUUACUGUCUCCAGCUAUUACUGUUCUGAUGAUGUAAAGAAUGAGAUUGUUUGGCUAAUUGUUCCUGUGUAGGCCCUAUAAUCUGCCUCGUAUACAAAUCUGCUGUGGCAUUGCCCUCACUCAGGGGUCCAGGCAAUCCAGUGUGAGCUUUUAAAUAUCCUAUAAAGUUAGGAACAGUACAUUCUCUUAAAUUGAGUUGUAUUUGCAUAAAUAAUUGCAAAUUUUGAGAAUUAGCAGUAUCUAAAAAAAAGGAACAGUUUCAAGCAAUUAUAAACCAUAAGAUAUAUAUAUCGGCUAUCAAUAUACAAAUUAAAAUCUUGAUUUUUUAGCAUUUCAAAAACAAUUAUUUGUGCUGAAGCAGGGGGGAACUCAAGAGAAUGAACAUGUGAGCCAGUGACAUAUGCUGCCUUCCCAUUAGAUGAGCUGUCUGUAAAUACAGUAAGCACAUUCUCUAUGGGCUGCAUCCAUAAAUUUAUAGGGAAUGCAAUAGCAUGUAUAGAAGCAAAUUGUAACAACUUAUCUUUUGGAUAAUGAUUACCAAUUUUUCCUGAAAAGUUUGCACAUGCAGUAGGCCAAAUAUCAGUAUUCUGCAAUAGCCAGUUUAAUUGCUGUUUGAAAUAAGGGACAAAUAUUUCAUCAGGUUCUUUCCCAAAAUACUUUCAUGAUUCUAUCCUACAAUUCUGUAUUAACACAACAACAGCUUCAUAACAGGGUGUUAAAACUUUACUUGGAGAUGAAAAAAGAUGAAUCCACAUUAAUGGUCCCUUUUGACAAAGAACUUCUGUGGGCAGAUGAGAAGUAGCAAGGAUGCAAACAGCCAACAACUGAUCAUAGUCUACAUGAUGUAUCUGCUGUUGACUAAUAACUUCCUCUACUUUCUGCAAAGCCAUCUGUCCCUUAUCAGUUCAUUGUCGAGGGGAACCGGGAUUUGCAUCCUUUUUGAGAAUAUCAACCAGAGGUUUAAGUUCUCCUGUGGCGAGCUUAAGAUGAAGUGUUAGCCAAUUAACGUCUCCUAACAGCUUUUUGAAAAUCAUUUAAAGUGAGUAAAUUAUCUUUUCUUACUUGAAUUUUCUGUGCCAAUUUGUUUAGGAUAUAACUGAUGUUCCAAAUAUUGAAAUGGAUAUUGUCUUUCAAUGUUUUCUGGAGCAACAACUACUCCCCAAAAUUUGAAAGCUCAUUGUAUAAGAGCAAAGGCUGUAGUAAAACUCCUUCAGAGGAUCAGCUAAUAAAAUACCAUCCAUAUUGUGAAUAAUGUACACUUUGAAGGAUUCAAAGUCCUAACUUCUUAUAUUGAAGCAGAGAAUUAUUUCUUUUUACAUAAUAUAGGGCUAUUAGCCAUUCCUUGAGGCAAAACUUUCCAAUGAUAUUGCUUAAUGGGUUCUUUAAAAUUACACACACACGCUCACUAAGUGAAAACUUCCAAUAGUCACAGGGUGCAAAGGAACAGUAUAAAAACAAUCCUCCAAAUCCAUAAUAAUUCUCUACACAUUUCCUGGAAUGGCAGCUGGAGUAGGCAAGCCAGGCUGCAAUGCCCCAAAGUCCAAUAACCUCAUCAACCCUUUGCAAACCCUGCAACACUCUCCACUUGCCCAACUCCUCCUAAGUACAAUGUGUGAGUUAGAAUCCUGAGCCUGGGAUCCAAUUGCGAACUGUAGCCAAUGGAACAGUGGCAGUUUAACCACAAUCUUCAACUUUCUUUUGCAACACCAGAGGACAACUACAACUUUGGAAAGUAAAACUCAACCUCCAACAAACAAUCCAGUCUCUCCAAAAUCAACACCAAGUGCAUCACCCCCAUGCGCCAAAGUUUGGCUGCCAGUAACUACACACGAAUGCACAAUGGUGCAGCCUCCAAUACCUCACCAAAGAGAUGCUGCCAAGUUACUGUAAAAGAUAAAUCCUGUCUUUUAUAAGUCUGGUUUCUUGGAUAAGAAUUACAUAAAACAUUACCAAUUUAGAGGCGUCUUUAGAGACCCGUUUCCCUGUGUAGGCUCAGGUCACGUGGUGGUGGUCUGAACGGCUCCAACCCUGAGCCACCAGCUUUACGCUAACUUUCUGUUACCAGUGUUACAAAAUUUUCAUCAUAUCCAACAACUUAUAAACCAAUAAUCUAUAACCAAGACAUAUACAGCAUAACUUUUAAAACCAGUCAGAAACAAAAAUGAAGUGGAUACACACAUCUUAUAUAUUUAGACCAGACAAAACUUUACUUUUUCUAGCUGUAAUUUCAAGAGAGGAGCACCCACCCAAUAAUCACAGUCACAGAGAUUUUUCUAGGAAAAACAGCCAUCAGCUCCCUUUCCAUAGAAGCUGAGAAGCUGCUGGCCCCUUUAAGAGCAGCUUGUGCAGACAAUCGGCUCGCAGCAAGGCUUCUCCAACUGUGCUAGACUCCUAGUUACAGGGGCAGGGCUGCAAAGGCCAAUUGCGACUGCUUUUUAUUUCUUUUUGAAGAGAUGAAACUAAAUCAAGGGUAAAUGUCCAGCAGAUAAAGUUUUGACCAAUUCUUUUUCCUUUUAAACAUGAAACAGAGCAACAUUCAAACAAUGAAACAAAAACACAGACAUGGACAGAUUGGUGUACCAAGGAUACACAGGGAGAACUAGAUGUGCCAAAGGGACCCAGAUAUCCUACCUAAGGGACCCAGGACCAGAACUGAGCAUUCCCCCAGUGGGAGCCAGAGAGGAAGCAGGACGUCUCUUGACCUCCCCCAGUCCCUAAGAGAGCUCUGGAACAGCUGACAUUCAUUUUCCUUCUCUUUGGCCAAAGCAUCCCCCGGAGAGUCUGGGAGGACUGCUUUUCUCAAACCCAAUCUCUCUCAUGUCUAGGGUGUAAACUAUCUCUAGUCAGGGUCCAAAGACUAAAAGUAUCUAUGAGGAUUAUCUUCAUGUCUUUAGAUUUUAGCAUACACUAAACACACACACAAAAAUAUUUUACCAUUACCUUGUCCCUUUUUACAAGGUUUAUCACUGCUGGCCCAAAUCUUCUUUUACUUUUCUUUGCGCCUGCUUCCAGUUCCCUCCGUGUCCUUCACUGUAUCCUGCUUACUGGAGCGCCAAUGUUGAGGCGACAUCUGAGCAAGUGUGGGCCCCCAGGGAAUUUCCCCUCCCCACAACCUGGUAUAUCAAGUCUCUGAGAGGCUAGGCAUAUUUUCUCCCACUGAGGCCAGACAAGGCAGCCCAGCUACAAGAACAUAUCCUAUGUACAGGCAACAGGUUUUGGGGUAGCCCUGCUCCAGUUGUUUGAGACCCACAUAAAAACCAAGCUGCACAUCUGCUACAUAUGUGCAGGGAGGCCUAGGUCUAGCCCGUGUAUGUUCUUUGGAUGGUGAUUCAGUCUUCUAAGAGCUGCCAAGGGUCCAGGUUAGCUUACUCUGUUGGUCUUCUUGUGGAGUUCCUAUCUCCUUCAGGGCCCACAUUCUUUCCUCCUGUUUCUCAAGCUCCAGCCGUUGUUUGGCUGUAGGUCUCUGCAUCUGUCUGAGUCAGCUGUCCUCUGAGAGGCAGUGCUAGACUCCUGUCUGCAGCAUUACAGUAUCAUUAAUAGUGUCAGGGAUUGGUGCUGGCCCAUGGAAUAGGUCUUAAGUUAGGCCAGUUAUUGGUUGACCAUUUCUUCAGUCUCUGUUCCACCCAGCCCCACCCUUACCCCAUUCCUGCAUUUCUUGUAGACAGGAUAAAUUUUGGGUUGAAAGUUUUGUGGGUGAGUUGGUGUCCUUAUUCUCCAUUGGGGUUCCUGUCUGGCUAUAGGAGGUGUCUUCUUCAGGUUCCUAUCUCCAAUGCUAAGUCACAGCUAAGGCCACCCCCAUUGAUUCUUAGGUGCUUCCCUUAUCCCAAGUUUCUAUCUGGUCUUGGGGAUGCCCUCCAUCUCCCCAAUUUUGUCAGUUGCAGAUUUCCAGUCAUUCUCAUGGCCAUCUGUUCAAUCUCCUGAGACAGGAUCUUAUUAUGUUAUUCUUCCUAGCUUGGAACUUGCUUUAUAGACCAGAUUGGCCUCAGAUUCACAGAGCUCUGACUGCUUCUGCAUCUGGAGUGCUAGGAUUAAAGGAAGACCCCCCCCCCACAUACACACAACUUCUUGAUCUUUUUUGUAAAUCAUGUAAGACUUAUCUUCACACAUUUAAAGUAUAACAGUUCCAAAAAGACUAAAAUCAAGUAUAUUGUAAUAUUCAGCUAUAGCUAGCAACAUUUAGCUUUUAAUUUAAUGUCCCAGAGGAGCAAUGAAGUGGGAAGAUGGAUUAGUCCAGAGGUAGAGGAGCUUACUAGGUUGGGUGUUGUACUUGAGUCAUCCUGAUAUCAUGGAUAUCCAUAGGAUAUCAUGGAUAGCCAUAGGAUAUCAUGGAUAGCCAUAGGAUAAUCUGAGUUUGAGUGUCAAGAAGGGCUGAGGGCUAGAUUCUGUGAGAGGAAUCAACUCUGGCCUGUGGCUUCAAGGACUGGCUCCCCUUAGCCAAUGGACUCUCUGGUCCUGUAAGCACUUUACCGCUAUGGCACACUCAACUCCUUUCUUUUGUUACUUUCCAAAGGUUAUGACAGUCACAUAUCCUGAUUCUUGAUCCGUGCAAGGGCCCACUGAAGACAGCUGCUUUAGAGGAAGUUACCAGCCAGCAGGCAUCCUUCUGAGAAGGACCAAGGAAGACACUUCAGAACCAUUCAGUUCUUAUCUGCAAUAAACUCUCAAUUUUUAGUUCAUUGUCCCUGAUGAUUAAGAAAUGAUAGCCCCUUUCCCCAAAGUAUAUUUUCUUCUGAAGUUAAAAAGUAUCAUCGAAGGAUCCAAUAAAAAUGGUACUUUUACUGGA